UGAUUUUUUAAGGUUAAUCUUGAGAGGUUUAUUCCCUGUGGUUUCAAAGGUCCUAUCAGAUUAUAUAAAACCCUAAUUCCCCGAGCUUUCCCGUUCUGGGGUCCAAGUUUUAGUGCUGAAAUGAAUGACAUAAAGACCCUCAAGAAUCAACAGAGGGACAAACAUCCGGGUUUUGAUUCCUACUUAGAGUGCAUGACAAGGAGUUUAUUUACUGGAUUGGCUGCUUUUGCUUUCGGAUUCUCAGGGACGUACUUUUUGCAAAAACUUCUGCAGAAGCACCUGCCUUACAAGCCCAAAAUCUUCAUUCUCACGUCUUCCAUCGUGGGAUCUGGAGUUGCCUAUAAGGCCACUAAGGAUAGAACACGGGCUUGCCAAGCAGCCUGGUUAGCAUUUGAAGACAAACACACCGCUCUUAAGAGUUCUGAAGGAUUCGCAGAUGAUUAAUACAAUGCUACGUUCAAUAGUUCUGCGAUCGCUUAGAAUCACUAGAUUUCCACGGUUUUCCCAGAAUCCGGGAAGAUGGACAAAACAAGGAGUGCUUUUUGGAGUAGAUGUAAGAUCCAAA